AUGAGAGAGGCAGUGAAGAGACGGCAAACAACAGCACAGCGUAAUGUGUGUGGCGCAGACAACGCGCGUCAUCGCGUUCCACUCGCACGAAUAAUGUCCUCCUUUGAAGGUUGGGUGGGACCUGAACCGACCGACCGACAUCCAAGAUUUGCAUUUUCGAGGGGACGCGAUUGUGUUUGCUUGUGAAAUGUCUGCCAUAUAUCACCGCAGUUGAGUCCUUGUGAUGCAACAGUCAAAUAUGAUGAUUAUCAGGGCAAAUUGAACGACGGCUCAUCCAAACUGUCCAUGGCAAACACCGUCAAAGUUGAAGCGGAUGAUAAGUUGCAAAUGGAAGAUGAGUGUGAAGAGGAUGAUCAAGAGGAUGAAGAAGAGGAUGAAGGAACGGUGACAGCCACAACGUCUUCGUCAACUCGAGUCAAACACCGACGUGAAUCUGCGGAAGUCGCAAAAAAGAAAUUACGACUCGAUUUGCGACCGAACGAAUUCAAAAAUCUUUCGGAAAACAAUAAUGGCGAAGUGAAUGUUCACUGA